GCCAAUAUGAAGCUUCUGCUGGUGCUUCUGUCGGUUAACAUUCUUACUUUUUGCUUGGCUGAACGCCGGAGGUUCGACAACUACAAGGUCUAUAGAGUGAACCCAGUGAAGGCGAACCAACUGCAGGGACUGCGAUCUUUGGAGGCCAAUAGCGAGGAUGCUGUGGUACUAAACAAUCUGCAUCUUGGGCCCACGGAUUUUCUAGUGGCGCCCGGCUUCAAUGGAGCCUUUCUCAAACUCGUCAAAGACUUGGAUCUCUCCCCUGAACUCAUCGACGCGAAUGCCCAAACGAGUCUAUCCGUGGACAUAGAGCCCGUUGCGGAUGCGAAUCGCCGAAGUGAUGACUACUCUUGGAGUGAAUACCACGAACUGAACGACACGCAUCGGUGGAUGCAGAAUCUGGAGGGGAAAUAUCCGGAUAUCGUCAGUGUAUUCGUGGCGGGUCGGAGUUACGAGGGUCGUGAGCUUCUGGGCCUGAGGAUUAACCAUAACGACGGCAGAGCUGGAAAGCAAUCGAUAUUCUUGGAGGCGGGAAUGCAUGCUAGGGAAUGGAUAGGUCCUGCCACAGCCACCUACUUUGCUAACGAGCUGCUGUCCUCCCAGCAGCAGGAGAUCAUGAGUCUAGCCAGAUCCUAUGUGUGGUACAUACUGCCCCAUGCCAAUCCAGACGGAUUUGUCUACACCCACAAAACGAAUCGCAUGUGGCGCAAGACAAGGAGUCCGCAGGACAAGAACUGCGUUGGCACGGAUCCCAACCGAAACUGGGACUUCCACUGGCGCGAGGUGGGUGCUAGCUCCGAUCCGUGCUCGGAGUCGUAUGCUGGACCCAUGGCGUUCUCCGAGCCCGAGGUUGAGACUCUUUCUCAGUAUCUGAAGUCGGUGCCGGAACCCAUGUUCAUGUACCUCGCGCUGCACUCCUUCUCCCAGUUGUUGCUCUAUCCGUAUGGACACACAUCCGCACUGCCGGAAAAUCAUCGGCAGUUGGAGCAGAUCUUCAAUGCAGCCGUGGGUGCAAUGAAGCGUCGUUACGGAACACGGUAUACGGGGGGAAAUGUCUACGAUGCCAUCUAUCCGGCAGCUGGUUCCAGUAUGGAUUGGGCUUAUGGGGUGCUCAACGUCAAGUACUCCUUCACCUACGAGCUACGACCCUCUGGCUCCAGUUUCUGGACAGGCUUUAGACUCCCCGCCUCCCAAAUAAUACCAACGGGUCAAGAGACCACAGAUUCGUUGGUGGAAAUGAUUAGGGCUGCUGCUCAAAUCGAGGGUUACAAAAUUGAGUAG